AUGAACAGUUGCUUUUUGAAACUGCCAAUUAUAGAGCGUAUGUGGGCGAAAGAUUUCAUUUGGACUGCUUCACAGAAUAUAACACCUGUCGUUUGGUGGAAGGGAAUCAUUGGACAGAACAAUCGGCUAUCAAAAGUGGCAGUAAAAAUUCUUUCUAUUUCUGCUACUUCAGCUUCAACUGAGCGAACUUUUCCCACAUUUUCUGCAGUUCACACAAAGAAAAAAAACAAGCUAACAACUCGGCGUGCAAUAAAAUUAACGUACAUCACCCAUUACUGGCGAACUCGUAACAAAGCAAAGACAGCUAUUUCCAGUUUGACUCAAGUAACUGAAAGUGUUCAGCAUUCUAACAUGAUAGUGCCGGAAGCAGAGAUACCUGGACCUUCAGACCUUUCAAAAUCACCAAUAAAUUUUGAGCCAGAAACGGAGACAGAAACUUCUUCGGAGGACGAAGAAAUUCCUUAUCAAGACUCUGAUUCUGAUGAGGAAGACGUGACCGAUGAGGUUAAUAGCUCAGAAACUGAGGUUUAG